AUGAAACAUCCAAUUAAUCCAAAGUCGUUACUAUUAUUAUUGCCAUUGUGCAUUUCUUUCAUAGAUUCCUUAAUUUUGAAACCAAAUGAAAAGCAAAUAGCGAUUUUGAAAAAGACUGUCAAGGAAUUGUUGGAUUUCGAGCAAUUACCAGGUGAUGUUGUACGGCCCAUGUCACGCCUUGAAAACGCUGCUUCGAAAUAUAUGCUGCGUUUGUUCAACAGAUACAAAGAAAGUAACAAUGCUCAGCGUUAUCCGCUUGGGAACAUUGUAAGAAGUAUCAGUCCCAAAAUUGGAACAUUGUUUGAUGAAGAGCUGUUGGUAUUUAAGCUGAAUGCAAUUAAGCCAAGUGAACAGGUAGUUCAAGCUGAAUUACAUUAUAACAUCCAGUACAAACGUCGUUUCAUAUGGAAAAAAGUUAAAGAAAGUGUAAAAGCAUUUGGAAUUUUGCAAAGCAAUGCAAAAACGCAAACCGUACGACUAGCGCCCACUGCAAACUUCCGUUAUUGGCUUAGCUUUAAUAUGACUAAAUUGAUUAACGAAGCAUUACAAGCAAAUCAAACUAUUGUAGCUGUAAAGUUUCUAAGAGAUGGAAAAAAAAUGAAAUGUAUCGAAUUGAUCAAGCGGAAUGCACCCUUCUUGCUCAUAUAUGCCGAUGAACCGAUAUUUGCUGAUGGCACAAAAUUUCAAUCCGCAUUCAAUGCGAAAACAAUUCCUGAUUUGCAUAUUGAUGCUGCAAAAAAUUUGUCAUCUGAGAUGGCUAAAAAGCGCUCAAAAAGGAUGUCUCAGUACUAUGUAUAUUCGACGAAAGAAAAGCAGGGUGGUAAUGAUAAGAAUUUAGAGAAGCAAACCGAGCGUCAUCUUCAAAAAUUCCGAGAUUUAGGACCACGAGUAUUACGAGAUCGGAAACAAGAUCGCCCAUUACAAAGACGUAAGCAACAAAAAGCUCGCAGCACUUCUCGAAAUGAUCCAAUGAUGGGUUUUGGUAUGGUGAAGAAAUUAUCAAAAGUUGUGACUGCUUCACCUUUUUCUUCUAUAGAACAGAAAAAUAAUGAUGAUCUGACGGUGGUACUACUUCCAAGAGAAGCUUAUUCUUCUCAGAGCUGCAGAACAGAAAAAUUGAAUGUACGAUUUCGGGAUAUAGGAUGGGAGCAUUGGAUUAUUGCGCCGACGUCAUUUGAGGCACACUACUGCAGUGGUACAUGUCCUUUUCCGCUCAAGCAGGAAGUGAACCCAUCAAAUCAUGCGAUUGUUCAAUCAAUAAUUCAUCGACUGGGCUUGAAUCCAUACGUCCCGGAUGUAUGUUGCGCACCAGAUAAAAUGGAUUCAUUAACAUUACUCUAUUAUGAUGAAAUGGAUAAUGUUGUACUGAAAAAUUAUCCACGAAUGACAGUUGCUUCUUGUGCUUGCUUGUAA